UAUCACACGUAGGCCGAUCAUCACAUUUUUACGGAAAAGUAAAAAUACGAUUUUCUGAUGUCGAAACAACGAAAAAUGUUUAAAACGUCGGAAUAAUAUUUUGUAACCUAUUAUCAUUAUUAUUAUUAUUCGCAAAAAUUAACGAAUGUCGCGAUCGUUUGAUACGGGGCUAUAAUAGCAAAAUUUCUCGCGUCGUACAUACACAAAUGGCUUGACGGUAACUGAAUAACGCUAAGACACGAAAUAUGGUCACCUACGAUUGCAACUGCAAGGGCAUUGCAAUCACGGAGGGGAUAUUUGGAGAAAUUUAUGCCGAAUCUGCGGAGGAUAAAAUACGCUAUGACGACAAAUUAUAUUAUGAGGAUGCCAAAGACAAGGUACUCCGGUUGACGCCAGUAAAGUCGUACACGAUGAUAAAUAAGAAUCGCUUAGAGAUCACCGUCAUUUCCUGGGGUGCCACGAUCGUCUCCCUAAAGUGUCCCGAUAAGUUUGGGCACGUCGCGGAUGUUGUGCUCGGUUUCGACGAUUUGAAGAAUUAUACGAAUCCCAAGACUAAUCCGUUUAUAGGAUGCAUACUGGGCAGAUGCGCGAAUCGCAUAAGAGACGGCAGUAUGGUCAUUAAAGAUCAGACUUAUCAGCUAACGAGAAACGAUUUCGGCAAGCAUCAUCUGCACGGAGGUACAAAGGGCUUCGGUCGGCGAUUGUGGGAGUCGCAUAUCGACAGCUGCUCAGUCGUCAUGACUUACCUAAGCGAAGACGGCGAGGAGGGAUAUCCCGGUGCGGUGCUGAGCACCGUGAGAUUCAGAUUGACGCCUGACAAUAAGCUGGAAAUAGGUAUCCGGGCGACGACGACGAACCCCACCGUAGUGAACAUCUCGCACGGUUCCUUGUUCAACCUCGCUGGACACGACGCCGGCAAGAAGGAAUUGAUGAAGCACAAGAUCUCGUUGAAUUGCGACCGCUGGACCUUCGCGGAUUACACGGAUCCGAUACCGACCGGCGGCAUCCGAGGGGUCGGAGGAACCGUCAUGGAUCUGCGUGUGCCGAGACUUCUGGAGAGCUGUAUCGAGAAGGUCCCGCCGGGGGAAGGGUACGAUCACAACUUCUGCGUCACGCCGAACUGGCACGGGGGUAACGCGUACGUCGCUCGCGCGGUCCAUCCGAAAAGCGGUCGCGUCUUGGAGAUUUAUUCGAAUCAGCCUGGCGUACAGUUCCACACGGGCGGCCGUCUGUGUAGCACCCCCGAGGUCGACAGUGACAACAGCCCGAAUCGUGAGGAUGAAUAUGAGAAACGAAAGGCGACUGGAAAGGGCGAUCAAGUGGAACAAGAUGAGGAGUCUGAACGCGAGGAAUUUAUUUCGGGGAAGCAAGGUGCUCGCUACGUGAAGCACUGUGCAUUCAGCAUUCAACCGCAAAACUAUCCAAAUGCCAUUAAUUAUUCGCACUUUCCCUGUUCUAUUCUACGACCCGGAGAAAUCUAUUGUCACGAUUUAAGUUAUAAAUUCGGAAUCCAAUUGGCCAAUUACAUGUUCUAAAUUAGAAAAGCAUCAAGCUUGGCGCAGUAAAUAUUCGGUCGCGAAAAGCAUUAACCAACAGCUAAAUAUAUUUUUAAGUAUAAAAAUACUUUUAUUAAAUUAUCAAUUAUUAUUAAA